AUGUCUCUCCCCUUCACCCCGGCCUUCCCCUGGCUCCUCUACGCCUAUCCCUGGAUGCCCUUUCCUCGCCGCGUCAUCAUCUACCUGCGCGAGAAGCGCAUACCCUCCAGCCUCGUCACCGUCGUUCGCGUGUCCACUCCACAGGAUGAGGAUCAAGCGGUGGACUCCUCGUAUCCGCCCAGGCCGACUGGCAGUCUGCCUAUUCUCGUUGUACCUUCAGCAGAGGAAAAUGGCUCGGCGUCCGGCCUACAGAUUCGUCAAUCCAUGGCUAUCAUGCACUUUUUAGAGGAAGUGUGCGAGAAGAGGGUGUAUGGGUUUGGCGACGCGGCGCUCCGCUCCCUGGCGGGUACCACACUGGUGCAGCGAGUGGAGAUCAACGAGGUAUUAAGUCUGGCCGAACAGUGCACUGGCGAUUGGAACCCCGUCCGCACCUUCGGCACCAAAGCAGGCACCAUGUCCUACCCGGCCGGCUCCAAGGAAAUGCUACGCUGGGUGCGGCGGUCACUCAUGACGAUUGAGAAGUGGUGGCAGGCCGCGGAAAGAGACAUGUCGCUUCUUCGCCAGGGCGUCGAUGGCCAUGUCACCCUCGCCGAUAUCGUGUUGUACCAGUUCCUCGAGUUUACGCGCGAUUGCUACGGCGUCGACAUGACGCUCGGCUCUGGAGAGAAGGUCCGCGACGUAUAUGGGAGGGAGGUGGUUGAGACGUUUCCUAAGCUGAGGGAGUUUUUCGAGGCGUUUGGCACGAGGGAGAGUGCGAGGAGGAUUGUGGAUGAGGGAGAUGUCCCGCCUGAGUGGGCGUUGAAAAACAUGCUGGUCUGGGCUGAUGGAGCUUUGUGA